AACGAAGCUAUAAAGUUUCUUAUAAGUUUCAUCCCUCGACAAACCCUUUUUUUAAACAAACAUUUACUUUUAUUUCAUUAAUAUGGAGUUACAGUGUCAAAUUCAGAAUUACGACUGGGGUAAAUUAGGACCUCAAAGUAUGGUGGCUACAUUAACUUCAAGUGCUAACAGCAAUUAUGUUAUUGACCCAUUGAAGCCGUAUGCAGAACUAUGGAUAGGGACACAUCCCAAUGGACCAUCACUUAUAAUUGAUAGAGGAAUAUUGUUAUCAGAGUACAUAAAAGAUAACCUGGAUGCUAUCGGUCCCGUUGUUAGAAAUAAAUUUGGAGUGGCUGUGCCUUUCAUUCUUAAAAUAUUAUCAAUAAGAAAAGCAUUGUCUUUACAAGCUCAUCCCAACAAGGAUCAUGCUGAAGAACUUCAUAAGAGUUUCCCUGAAAUGUAUAAAGACCCUAACCACAAACCAGAGCUCGCGAUAGCACUGACACCUUUUGAAGCUCUUUGUGGCUUCAGAUCACUUGCUGACAUCAAAAUGUAUUUGGAAAGGAUUCCUGAACUCGCAAUGAUACUUUCAGCAGACAGUAUUGCAAACCUUAUGGCAAAUAGUAAUGAAGAAGCCCUGAAAGCUGUUUUUGAGUCACUAAUGACCACUAGUUCAGAGAAAGUAGCAGAUAGUCUAGAUAAAUUCCUGUCUAGGAUGAAAAGAGAAGAUGCAAGCACAAAAGAAUCCCUCAUGAUUAGCCUUAUUCAGAGGUUGCACAAAGACUACCCCGGUGAUGUGGGCUGUUGGGCUCCUUACUUCAUGAACUACAUGAUAUUAUCACCCGGACAAGCUAUAUUUCUAAAACCUAACUUACCCCAUGCCUAUCUCAGUGGAGAUUGCGUAGAAUGUAUGGCAUGUUCUGACAACAUAGUUCGCGCGGGUUUAACUCCGAAACACAUUGAUGUGGCAACUCUAGUGCAUAUGUUGGACUACACGAGUUACUCGCAUGACCAGUUGCUGUUCCAGCCCCAGCUGGAAGAUCCUAAUAGCUGUAUCUGGCGUCCGCCCGUGCCAGACUUUGCUGUAGUCAAAAUUAAGGUUUUGGGCGACGAGGAGCCGUAUAACACAAUAAUCCGGGCCAGUCCUAGUCUAAUUAUCGUGACGUCAGGUUCGGGCCAGGUGUGUGAUACGGAACCAUUGGUGGCCCGGCCCGGACUCGUGUUAUUCCUGAAGGCGAGCCGACAGCUCACGAUCACGCCUUCGCCCGGGGAACAUAUAGAAGCAUAUCAGGCUAUAUGCAACCUGUGACAUUACAGAUGAUUUAUGUUUUAAUCAUUCGUUAGUAUCUAUAGUCGAGUGAAAGUAGUAGCGUAUUCUACUCCGUUUGAAAUAAUACUUCUAUUUGUUUA